AUGAAUGAGGUGGUUAAGGGAUUCUUUGUGUUGUCCACCUGCAUUGGCUACACGCUUAAGGUGUUUUCCGUCAAGGUGAACAAUGUGGCAUUGCUGCAACUCUUUGAUAACCUCCGUGAUGCACACUUUCGUCCCGGGAAUGCUGAAGAGCAGCUUAUCUUUGAAGCAGCUCGUCGACUAAGUCGCUUUAUCUUCAAAUAUUAUGGAAUUACAUCAGUUACGGCUCUGACAACGGUCCUCAUAUCUCAGUAUGCCAUUGAUAAAACCCAACUGCCAUUGGCAACAUAUAAUCCUUUCAGUGGAGAACGUGGCACAUUUGGCUACUAUUUCAUGUAUUUGUAUCAGUGUAUUGCAUUGUCGGGAGCCUGUUUCCUGAAUAUAUCCUUUGAUUCGCUUUGUUGCUCCAUGUUCAUAUUUGUGAAAUGUCAAUUGGAUAUUCUGGCAAUGCGCCUACAAAAAUUGGGACACAAUGCCGAUAAAGCUGAUGAGACGAAACUGCAAUUACAAUUGAAAAACUGCAUAGAGUACUAUACGAGAAUUGUGGAACUGUCGGCUGAUAUCGAGAGUCUGGUCUAUAAGCCCAUAUCUGCACAGAUCUUCUGCUCGAUUCUGGUUUUAACAGCCAACUUUUAUGCCAUGUCUUUGUUAUCGGAUGAAAAGCUGGUUUUCCUCAAAUACUUUAUCUACCAAAGCUGCAUGCUGCUGCAGAUCUUCUUACUGUGCUACUUUGCAGGCGAGAUUGCCCAGCGAAGUUCGGAGUUGCCACAUGAGCUAUACAGGAGCAACUGGGUGAGCUGGCGGCGUUGCAACCGGAGGCUGAUGUUGAUGUUCCUGCAACGGCUGGACUUGCCCAUACGCAUAAGGACCUUAAAUGCCAGCCAUGCCUUUGACUUGGCGCUAUUUAGUUCGGCAUUAGCCACAACAGUUAAAAUACAAGUGGUUCUGGUCAUGAUGAAUCGAGAGGAAAACAACAAGCUCACCGAGAGCUUUUACAAGUAUCAGGUGUUGUAUUUCAAGAUUUUGGGCUUGUGGAAGCUACAUCCUGAUGCCACAAGACGACAACGUUGGUUGUAUCAGCUGCGCUUCGGUAUACUCUUUGGCGGUGUGGCCUUAUUGCUGCUCUUCUUUGCCAUCCGGGUGCUGGUCAACAUUGAUCAGUUGCGUGUGAUACUUCAGGUGUUCUUCAUGUUUGCCACCGAAGUGUCCUGUAUGUUCAAGUUGCUCAACAUUCGGCUUAGGCAGCAGGAACAUGAAUAUCUUCGAAACGAAAUGCAUUCUGGCGAUUUACUCGCGAGAAGUCCUCGGGAAUUCUGUGCUCUUAAAGAUGCAGCUAAAGAGUCAACCAAUAUCCGCAAUUGCUAUUGUGUGAUGUCCAUUCUGGCGGCCACAUUGAUAUUGGUUACGCAACUAUUCUCGGACUCCGGCUCCUUGCCCAUCACCAUGUAUGAGCCCUGUAAUUUAUCCACAUUCAGCUGUUACUAUGGUCUCUAUGUGUACCAAGUGGUGACGGUGUUCCCCACCUGCUUGCUGAACAUCGCCUUCGAUUCGAUGGCCCAGGGACUGCUGAACUUUGUCCGGGCACAGUUAAUCGUACUAUCGAUGCGUCUGGCGAACUUGGGAGCUGCUCAAACGCCACGGGAUGAUCAUCGCAUUGCGCUGGAAUUGCGCGAUUGUUGCAUCUACUUUAGACGGAUUGAGAGGCUCAGGGAUCUAAUGGAUGGUUUCAUUAAAGUCCCCUACUCGGUGCAGUUGAUUUGCUCAAUUCUGGUGCUCGUUUCCAAUUUCUAUGCAAUGUCCACGAACUCGGGAGAAACGCUUUUUAUGAUCAAGAUGGGAACGUAUCAAUUCGACAUGCUGCUGCAAAUAUUCAUGAUUUGCUAUGCGGCCAACGAGGUGACACAUCAGAGUUCUCUACUGACUCAUGCUCUGUACAAAUCGGAUUGGAUCACCUGGAACAAGUCCAAUCGAAAGAUGUGCCUCCUAAUGAUGCUGCGUUUCAAUUCACCGCUAAUUGUGCGCACUAUUGAUCACACAACAAGUUUUAGUUUGCCCACUUUUGCAUCUAUUGUCAACUGCUCGUAUAGCUAUUUUGCUUUGCUGAAGAGAGUCAACAGUUAA